AUGGCCAUAGAGAAGAAGCUUGGCGUGGUGCCGCCGUCGCAGGGCCCGCUGUCGUCCCGCUACGUGGACGGCCAGAGGAAGGCCAACGCUCCCAAGACACCCACAGAGAAAAGCAAUAAUGCCAAAACAAAUGCCCCUACAAAGAACAACACGGUUAGUCCGUCGACUAUCAACAAAUCUACUGUCGGCCCAUCAGGUCCACGAAUCCUUGCAGGACCGACCGGGCCGAAUGUGGACGAGCGCUUGAGGUUGGCCAAAGAGAGGAGAGAGGAGCAGGAGAAGCUCCUAGCGUCUCGCGAGCUUGGCCGCCUGGAGAGGGAGCAGCGAGCCAGGAGAUACUAUGAGCUGCAGCUGGAGAGCCGCAAGACCAAGCUGCUGGAGCAGAGGGUGAAGGAGGAGGGGAGGCGCGCCGCCGUUGAGGAGAAGCGCAAGCAGAGACAGAGGGAGGAGAAGGAGCGUUAUGAAUCUGCAGUACGCAAAACUUUGGAAAAGAGCCAGAGACUCCAGCAUAACCUCCUGCUGAACUCCCGAGGGAGACUCCAAAAGAAGAGUGUUUCAUGCCACUCCAUGAACACCACCCCCAAAAACAACCAGGCCAUUCACCACCCCAAACCACCGCAGCAGACUGGGCCGGCUCGCCAGAGUGGGCCGGCCCGCCAAACCAGGCCAGCUGCACCCCCCAUCCCCGGCAGCAGUAAACCCAGAAGCCAUAGUGUGCCACAGAUCAAAGCAGAGAAGCAGAACCAGCUGGACAAGAAAUCCAGUACUCGAUCUAACGCAGGAACACCACCUGUCAGAGCCAGAUCAGCACCAACAAAAGCUAGCCAAACCACUUUAACCAAACCAUCGCCCCAACGAACUCCCAGACGGCCAAUCAGACGGCAGUCCUUUUCAAUGCCGCCGGACCUCCCCUCCGUCCCAGAGGAAGAGCUUCCUGUAUGUGUCCCCACCUCUUCUGACCCUGCCCUGGAUGACCCAGCACCCUCUGGCCCCGCCCUCUCCCCUGGCAAUGCCCGGCCCGUCAUCCUACCCCAGAAGCCCCCACCAGGGGGGCCCCCACCCGGGGCUCCGGAGGCCAUGAAGGGUCGCCCGGAACCUCUUCCUCGAGCUUCAUCAAGGACAGAGCCCGACAGAAGCGCCCCACAGAGUAUUGCUGCUACUGGUGCGCACAAACCUCCUGAAGCAGCCAGUCGACCGGCCGGCGGUGGACCCACGAACCGAGAGGAGGCCCAGCGCCUCCUCGGGGAGAGGAGGAAGGAGGCGCGACUGCAGCGGGAGCAGGAGGAGGAGGAAAGCCGCAGGCGUGAGGAGGAGGGACGGCGGAGGGCGGAGCAGGAGGAGCUGAGGAGGGCGGAGGAGCGCUCGCGCCGGCAGGCUGAGGAGCAGGCUCGCCUGCACGUCGAGGCCCAGCGUCUGGUGGAGGAGAAGAGGAGGAGGGAGGAGGAGGAGCACAGGAGUGCGGAGGAGGAGCGCACUCAGGCCAUGAGAGAGGCGGCCCUGCUCCAGAAGAAGAGAGAGGAGGAGCAGGCCGUUGAGCGGGAGAAGGCCGCACAGGUGAAGAGGGAGAGGGAGGACCUGGCCCAGAAGGAGGACGCCGAGCGGCAGAAGAGGAGAAAGCGCCUUGAAGAGAUCAUGCGGAGAACAAGGAGAACCGAUGCAGCAGAUACGAAACCUGCGCCGGCCAGGAUCACUCCGACCGAAGUCCUACCGAAGGAGAACACGGAGCCUAACCCCAACGGCCACACCGGGCCAGGGCCACGGCAGUCGACCGGGCUGAGGCCGGGCCAGCGGGGCGGGACCGGGAUCGAGGACAUGGUCCCAGUGGUGGCCUUCAAAGAGCGCCGGGCCAUCAGGACGCUCACAGGUCUGGACGAGAUCCAGAGCCACCAGAGAGCAGAAGUCAUCUGAGCACUAGGACACCCUGCAGGCCUGGAGAGGGGCUGUGUUCUCCACGUGGUGCCUGCUCCACUACACUCUCUGUCCUGCACUUUCACAGAGCAUGGGACUAAACAGCCAAAGUUUAAUAUCUGCCAUUUGUGUGCUAUUCUCCCCAUUUAAGCUGUACCACAAGUCAUGCAGCAGAUUCAAUCAUUGGUGUGACACAGCUUGUCGAUAUUAGUGUGGAACUAGAGCACCAUUAUAUCAAUUGUGGAAUAGUUUGUUCUCCGCAAGCACAACAACAUACAAUAUAUAUUAUAUAUAGUACACAACAUACAAUAUAUAUUAUAUAUAGUACACAACAUACAAUAUAUAUUAUAUAUAGUACAACUGCCUUCGCUUCAGCGUGUUAAGAAAAUGCAGUUUUUAGAAAGCUCCUGAAAAGGUUGGGAUGUGGUUAGUCUAAAAUGAUAUUUGCACUGUCUUUAUACUAUAAUACUUUAUACUUAUUUCCCCAAAGCUGCUACUUCAUUUAGUGAGGCCAUAGCUGUGUUGUGUAUCGUUUCCAAAGAAUAUUGUGCAUAAAGUGUUAUUUUAUUUAAAAAUGGUAAUCAUUUUACAAUGCAAAGCUUUAGGUGUAGGGCUUAAGUCGGUUUAUUGCUAUGUUAAAAGUGUUACCACAAAUGCAACCUUUCCAAGUGUGUUUGAUCUUCCUGAUAUGCCACCACUAGUAAUCACACCUGUAAAGUGGAUCCUUAUAACCCAUGGUAAAACUGGAACAUGUACGCCAUAUUAGAUUAAACUCGACCUUA